UUGAGUACAUGAUCCUGGCCACCAUCACCGCUAACUGUGUUGUGCUGGCCCUGGAGCAGCACCUCCCUGGAGAGGAUAAGACCCCCAUGGCAAAGAGACUGGAGAAAACAGAGCCGUACUUCAUCGGGAUCUUCUGUUUCGAGGCCGGGAUCAAGCUGCUUGCCCUUGGUUUUGUUUUCCAUAAAGGCUCGUACCUGAGGAACGGCUGGAACGUCAUGGACUUCAUAGUCGUGCUCAGCGGGAUCCUGGCCACUGCUGGAGCCCACAUGAACAUCCCCGUCGACCUUCGGACCCUGAGGGCCGUGCGAGUGCUCAGACCUCUUAAACUCGUCUCAGGGAUACCCAGCCUGCAGAUUGUGCUGAAGUCCAUCAUGAAGGCCAUGAUCCCGCUGCUACAGAUCGGCCUGCUGUUGUUCUUUGCCAUCCUCAUGUUCGCCAUCAUUGGUCUGGAGUUUUACAGCGGGAAGCUUCACCAAACCUGCCUGCCAUCUGUCGAUCUCCUUGAAAAUGAGACGGUUGAUUCGUCAGAGUUGGCAUUUGCCUGCGGAGUCAGGAAGUGUCCAGAGGGCUACGACUGCAACGACACCUGGAUCGGACCCAACGACGGCAUCACGCAGUUCGACAACAUCCUGUUCGCCGUGCUCACCGUCUUCCAGUGUAUCACCAUGGAGGGAUGGACGGCGGUUCUCUAUAAUACCAACGAUGCUUUGGGUACCACAUGGAACUGGAUGUACUUCAUCCCUCUCAUCAUCAUUGGCUCGUUCUUCGUGCUGAACCUGGUUUUGGGAGUCCUGUCCGGAGAGUUUGCCAAGGAGAGGGAGAGGGUGGAGAACAGGCGGGCCUUCAUGAAGCUUCGCCGCCAGCAGCAGGUGGAAAGAGAACUGAACGGCUACAGAGCCUGGAUAGACAGGGCAGAGGAGGUAAUGCUGGCAGAGGAGAAUAAAAGUUCUGGGAGAUCGCCGUUAGAUGUGCUAAAGAGAGCAAGUAAGAAGACCGGUGCACGGAGAGGAGCGCCGGGGGACGAGAAGUAUACAGACAUGUCUACUGCCAGCAUGUCUCGAUCCAGGAUGAACUUCCGCAGCGGCCGGAGAGGCCCGGCAGCCUACUUGCGGCGUAAAGAGCGCAUGCUACGCAUCUCCAUCCGCCGCAUGGUGAAGACAGACACUUUCUACCUGAUGGUGCUCAGCCUGGUGGCUCUCAACACCAUCUGUGUAGCCAUCGUCCACCACAACCAGCCCGACUGGCUGACCAUCUUCCUCUACUAUGCAGAGUUUGUGUUUCUGGGGCUGUUUUUGGCUGAGAUGUUUUUAAAAAUGUAUGGUCUGGGUUUCCGGCUCUACUUCCAUUCAUCUUUCAACUGCUUCGACUGUGGGGUCAUUGUUGGCAGCAUCUUUGAGGUGGUUUGGGGCUUCUUCAGGCCCGGCAUGUCAUUUGGGAUCAGCGUACUGAGGGCGCUGAGACUCCUGAGAAUAUUCAAAAUAACCAAAUACUGGGCCUCUCUCAGGAACCUGGUUGUGUCCCUCAUGAGCUCUAUGAAAUCCAUCAUCAGCCUGCUGUUUCUCCUCUUUCUUUUCAUCGUGGUGUUUGCUCUGCUGGGGAUGCAGCUUUUUGGGGGAAGGUUCAUCUUUGAAGAUUACACUCCCACCAACUUUGACACGUUUCCAGCUGCCAUCAUGACAGUGUUUCAGAUUCUGACAGGUGAGGACUGGAACGAGGUGAUGUAUAACGGGAUUCGCUCGCAGGGUGGAGUGCAGUACGGCAUGUGGUCAUCAAUCUACUUCAUAGUGCUCACCCUGUUUGGAAACUACACACUGCUGAAUGUCUUCUUGGCCAUCGCUGUGGAUAAUCUGGCCAACGCACAGGAACUGACAAAGGAUGAAGAGGAGGAGGAGGAGUUCUUCAACCAGAGAUAUGCCAGAGGCAGAGAUGGCCUGAUAUCUGAUGGGAGGAGAAGACCCUACCUAUACAGGAAAAGAGCCAUCCACCGAGGCAGACCUAACUUCCCAGAUGAGCCUGAGGACAGGCCAGGGGCCGCAGACGAAAAGCCCCCCAAGGGCCCCAACGCCUUCGUCAGCCGCCGCGAGAGGAGGAGAAAAGUCAACAUGUCGGUGUGGGAGCAGAGAGCCAAUCAGCUACGGAAACGUCGCCAGGUGGCCAGCAGAGAAGAGCUUUUUGCAACCCCUACUGAGGACACCGAUGAGACUCCCGCCAACCCCGUCCAUGCCCCAGAGGCCACCCCGGCUCACCUGCCAGAGUCUCCAAGGUCUGUGGGGAUGCCCAUCCCAGAGCCCCCGAUGUCUGUCACCAUCCCCAUCCCUGAGCCCCCGGAGGCUGAGCCUCUGGUAAACCUAAGCGAGGAGAAAACAGGAGGAGGUAACCACCGGGCGGCAGGCGGGGGCAGGCACAGGUUGGCCCGAAAGUUCAGACCCGGUCAGGCGCCGGAAGACGGGGCACGGCACAGGCGGCACCGUCACCGCGAUGCUCGCCCUGAAGCCAAGAGUCUGGACUGCACCGUAUCACCACAUGAGGUGCCACUGGUCAAACGGUCGCACAGCCAGGAGGGGAUACUGGACGAGAAAGAAGAGAGGGACGACAAAGAGGGGGUGGAGAAAGCUGAGGAAGAAGAAGGGUUAGUCCAAGAGGAUGGGGGAACAUGCAUCAUCAACCCAUAUGCAGAAGUUGGAGACGAGUGUCAAAGAGAUACCCCUGACCUUCCCCAGUGUGAGCCGCUGCUGGACCGUGCACAGUCAGAACAAGGUGAAGACGAGCACACAGAUCAAAUCAUCCCAGUGGAGUCCGCCCUAGAGGCCACAGAGUUCAGUGUGAGGGCCAUCGAUUCUGAGAGCCGCCAGGUCUCCAUCAAGCGUGGAAAAUCCGACCUGGUGGAAAGCGUGGCCAUCGAAAUGUCUGCACAACCGCUGCUGGAGCUCACGCCCAUGACAGUGAACAGUAAAGAGUUGGAGGCAUACAGUUCUGAACAGACAGACAAAGAGAACGAUACAGAGGAUGAUGAGGACGAUGAUGAUGAUGAUGAUGAUGAGGAUUUUGAGGAAGAGGAGGAGGAACCUCCGAUUCCUCCCAAACCUGUAGCUCCAGACAGCAUGUUCAUCUUCAAGGCCUCCAACCCAAUCAGGAGGAUCUGUCACUAUAUGGUCUCUUUGCGCUACUUUGAGAUGACCAUCCUCCUUGUGAUCGUGGCGAGCAGCAUUGCACUGGCUGCUGAGGACCCUGUGUGCACCAACUCUGACAGAAACAAGGUCCUCCGCUAUUUCGACUACGUGUUCACUGGAGUGUUCACGUUUGAAAUGAUCAUCAAGAUGAUAGACCAGGGUCUCAUUCUGCACGAUGGCUCUUAUUUCCGAGAUAUGUGGAACAUCCUGGAUUUCAUCGUGGUGGUGGGAGCUCUGAUUGCUUUUGCUUUAACAAACAACAAAGGCAGAGACAUCAAGACAAUCAAGUCUCUCAGGGUGUUGAGGGUUCUGCGACCUCUUAAAACCAUCAAGAGGCUUCCUAAACUAAAGGCUGUUUUCGACUGCGUGGUCACAUCUCUCAAGAACGUCUUCAACAUCCUCAUCGUGUAUCAGCUCUUCAUGUUCAUCUUCGCUGUGAUCGCCGUGCAGCUCUUCAAGGGGAAGUUCUUCUACUGCAAUGACAGCUCCAUGAAUUCAGAGAAGGAAUGCCAAGGCUACUACAUCGACUACAGCCGAGACAAAAAGGAGGUGAAGAGAAGAGAGUGGAAGAGACACGAAUUUCACUACGACAACGUCUGCUGGGCCCUCCUCACACUUUUCACCGUCUCAACUGGAGAGGGAUGGCCUCAGGUCCUGCAGCACUCUACCGAUGUGACGGAGGAUAGCAUGGGGCCGAGUCGGGGAAACCGCAUGGAGAUGUCUGUUUUCUACGUGGUUUACUUUGUGGUCUUCCCGUUUUUCUUCGUCAACAUCUUCGUGGCUCUGAUCAUCAUCACGUUCCAGGAGCAGGGGGAUAAGAUGAUUCAGGAGUGCAGUCUGGAGAAGAACGAGAGGGCUUGCAUAGACUUUGCGAUCAGCGCCAAGCCGAUGACCCGUUACAUGCCGCAGAACAGACAGACCUUCCAGUACAGACUGUGGCACUUUGUGGCGUCGCCCUCCUUCGAGUACACGGUGCUCGUCAUGAUCGCGCUCAACACAGUGGUGCUCAUGAUGAAGUACCACUCGGCCCCGACAGCCUACGACAUGGUCCUAAAGCACCUCAACACGGCCUUCACUGUCCUCUUCUCCUUGGAGUGUAUACUCAAGAUCAUGGCGUUUGGUUUGGUGAACUACUUUCGAGAUACUUGGAAUAUUUUUGAUUUCAUCACUGUUCUUGGCAGCAUCAGUGAGAUAAUUGUGGAUUUACAGUCGGUGAACACCAUCAACAUGAGUUUCUUGAAGCUCUUCCGAACAGCCAGGUUGAUCAAGCUGCUUAGACAGGGUUACACCAUCCGCAUUCUGCUGUGGACCUUUGUACAGUCUUUCAAGGCUCUUCCUUAUGUCUGCCUUCUCAUUGCGAUGCUUUUCUUCAUAUACGCCAUAAUUGGAAUGCAGGUGUUUGGAAACAUCAAGCUGAAUGAUGAGAGCCACAUCAAUCAACACAACAAUUUUAAGACCUUUUUCGGUGCGCUGAUGCUGCUUUUCAGGAGUGCGACAGGGGAGUCCUGGCAGGAGAUCAUGCUCUCGUGUCUGUCGGGUCAGGAGUGUGAGCCAGACUCCUCCAUCCCCCCCCUCAUGACGUCUCCGGACCACGAAGGAGGCUGUGGGACAGACUUUGCUUACUGCUACUUCGUCUCAUUCAUCUUCUUCAGCUCAUUUCUGAUGCUGAAUCUGUUUGUGGCUGUUAUCAUGGACAACUUUGAAUACCUGACGCGAGACUCCUCUAUCCUGGGUCCACAUCACCUGGAUGAGUUUGUGCGCAUCUGGGGGGAGUACGAUCGCCUGGCGUGCGGUCGUAUCCACUACACUGCCAUGUAUGAGAUGUUAACACACAUGUCACCUCCCCUGGGCCUGGGCAAGAAAUGUCCUGCUAAGAUCGCCUACAAGAGGUUGGUGUUGAUGAACAUGCCUGUGGACGAGGACAUGAGCGUCCACUUCACCUCCACCCUGAUGUCGCUCAUCCGCACAGCUUUGGACAUCAAAAUAGCGAGAGGCGGUGAGGACCGCAUCGCUCUGGACAGUGAACUACAGAAAGAGAUCAGCAUCAUUUGGCCUUAUCUACCGCAGAAGAACUUGGACCUUCUGGUACCGAUCAACAAAGAUACGGACAUGACGGUGGGGAAGAUCUACGCCUCCAUGAUGAUAAUGGACUACUUUAAAACGAACAAAGCCAAGAAGCUGAGGCAGCAACUCGAGGCUCAGAAGAGUAGCCUAAUAUUCAAGCGCCUGGAUGCCUCUACGCUUUCUGAAGACAUUCUGUCCAACACCCAGACGCUGCCGAUAAUGGCACACAGCGCUGGCUCCGCUCUUACAAGAGGAGGCUUGGUGGCUCUGAGCCCCAUCUCACCGGAGGAACUGUUUCUGCAGCCAAUAAGCUCUGACACUGAUGCUAACCAACAGCAGGAUCUGGUGGGCGAGUGCAGUAGGGGGAUUGAAGCCCCACUUUCCAUAGGGAGGGGUCUGUGUGUGCGGGCCUCUUCCAUGCCUCGUCUGGCUGUAGAGUGGCAGACAGAGGUUGCAGGUGGCUCCAUGAAGCGUUCAGUCUCCACUGUCGCCGAUCAGCGGGUGAACGGUCUUUGGGAGGAAGAGCAAAGUCCUGCCAGACUUUAUCGACCACGACACAAGAGCUACAAAGCUGCUGUUUCUCGGUCAGAGAGGGAGCGUGGCCGGUCUAAGGAGCGCUGUCACCUCCUGUCAGAUGCGUCUCGUGGUAACUCUGAGGAAAGAAGAUUGCAGCCAUCACGGUCCUCUAGUGGAGAGAGAGCACACCCCAAAGAUAAACAGGGCAACAGCUCGGAUAGUCCGGUGCCCUCCACCUCAGAGUCCAGCACCCCCAGCGGCCGACGGCCCGUAUCAAAGAGCUCUCGCCCGCACAUCUCCUACUCCCCGCUGCACCCCGCUGUCGGUGAGGACAGGGAUGAGCAGGGCAGUCCAGGGACCAGGAGGCGGGGCAGCCCAGCGACUAAGAGGCGGGGCAGCCCAGCGACUAAGAGGCGGGGCAGCCCAGGGACCAAGAGGCGGGGCAGCCCAGGGACCAAGAGGCGGGGCAAAGCCAACCGGGAUACCCAAGAAAGGGUCGUAGACAACAGGCGGGAUGAAGAAGAACAAGACCCGUCCCCACUUCGACGCUACCCCUCUGAGCCGUUCCUGGCUUCCCAGGAGGGCGAGCACAGCCCGGACCCCUCCGGCCCCAUGGAGACGUUGACCUUCGAGGCUGCCAUGGCCUGCAGCCUGGGACGCUCAAACACGGUCAGCUCGGCCCGCCCCCGCUUGCGGACUGGCUGGCAGGUCCCCAACGGACACUUUCGAAAGCGGUUGGCACAAACAACCUCUGUUGCAGGCUGUGAUCCUCUGAGCGACACGGAGGAGGACGACAGGUGCUAGGGACGGCAGGCACAGCAUGAGGGAGGAAGGGGAGUUGGGAGACUGCAGACAGAGUGAAGGUUAAAGGGACCCUUUUUGCAACAGAGCCUCGAGGCUGUGAACCCAAAACAAAAAAGAACAAUACUUCCUGAAACUGUAGUUUCCAAUUCACCCAGAACACUGACAAUAAAUAUGGUAUAUUUCCUGACUACUUGAUGAUAGAGAGUAAUAAUACAUCUAAAAAUAUAGAAAUGAUGCAGAAAAAUAGUGAAUGGAUCAAAUUAAAUCAUUUGUGUUGAUGAUAGGUAUUUUCAUUUCUGAAGAUGUUUCUAAAUGAUUCAGUGUUGCUCUUAAGAGUAUUUAACUGUGGGGUGUGUGAAUAUGUAACUACAUUUUCUUAUAAAUAAUCACUUGUACAUAAAUUGUGAUCAUUAAACCAUUGCCAUUUAUAAGACCAGUUCAAUACAACAAGCCAUGACCAAGAGAAGAUCUGAUAUUUUACCAGACAAUGUGGACACUAAUAAGUAACACUCAAUAAUGCUGGAUUUUUUUACAGUAUGAAUGAAUGUGCAUUGGGAAAAGCUGCCUGAUUCCCCUCUUCAUUUUACUUUUUGGUAUUGAAUAAGUUGUGAGAUAUGAAUACAGUUAGUAGAAUAAAAUAUAAAAGAUGCUUAUUUGUAAUUUCACCCUGUGUUUAUGUUAAACCAUGCCUCUGAAAAAACUCAAACAUUUAAAAAUGACCUUUAAAAACAGUUUUUAACAGGUUUACACCCUUUAAAAGAGACUUUCCCUACAUUGAUUUAUUUAUUUAAUACUUUUGGCAUCUGAUAUGAAAAAGAAAAUGAUCAUUCAUCUUUUCUCAUCGUUUUUUCCUUGUGAAUAUUGUAUGAACCAUUGCAGACGAUGACUGUAGAAACACCAUACACACACCAUGCCACAUUUGCUUCACAAAAUAAACUUAUGCUCUUACUUUCUAAUAAUGUACAGAGAAAUGAUGCUGUUUGUAACAUUAAUAGAAGAAAAAUAACAAUAAACUAUCAGUUGAUGAGCUUUUAAGGUAAAGGAAUCUUUUGAAAUGUUCACUAAGGUUUGUGUUUUUGUUUUUUUGCCUGAAAAAGGCGCAAUCUGUGAAACUCACGUAACCAAAAACAUGGGCAAAUGUAUUAUAAGUUCCUGGAAUGCAAAUACUUUGUGGGUUUUUAUGUGUACAAUAGUUGUAUAUACAAAUAAAGGUGUCCAAGUCGCCACUGUUA